GAACCGCGUUACCAAGACGCGCCCUCACUUCCGAGUUUCUUGGGGUGAGGGUAAAUAAUACUAAGGGGCUUGUGUUGUGUCUGUGUUGCGGGGUAAAGGUAUCAGAUGGCGCAGAUCUCGCAAGCUUUGAAGUCGGAUUGAGCUCUAAACGAAUAAACCCAAAAUGGCUGUGGAAAAAUGUGCUUCCCGGGUGCUUGUGUUGUUGAGUCAGCUGGAGAGAUUGAAUGAAGAGCCCAAAGUAUCUGAUACGGAUGCCAUCCGACAGAUCACAGGCAAAAUUCUUCACAUCAUUCAGACUCAGGAGAAGACCCGCAAGGAGAUUGUGUCAAAAGGCUCAAGUGGGAUGGAAGUUAUUCUUUCAUCUCUAGAGAACACACGGGAUUUGCAGACCACCCUUAAUAUUCUCAGUAUUUUGAAUGAACUGCUGACUGUGGGUGGAGGCCGAAGGACUGGGGUGUUUGUGUCUAAAGGAGGAACGGCUAUUCUGCUACAGUUGUUGUUAAGCUCCAGCAAAGACCUUCCUAUGAAUGAAGAGCUGAUGCUGCAAAUUCACUCUCUGCUGGUUAAGGUCGGACCUAAAGACAGGAAGUUUGGAGUUAAAGCACGUCUCAAUGGAGCUCUGAACGUGACGGUUAAUUUGGUGAAACGCAAUCUGCAGAACUCCAAGCUGUUGUUGCCAUGUUUACAAGUGCUGCGAGUCUAUGCAGGCAACUUGGUUAAUGCUGUGUCGCUGGGUAAAAGUGGCACGUUGGAGCUCAUGUUUGAAAUCAUCGGACCUUACAGCAAAAAAAACACCACUCUGCUCAAGGUGGCCCUGGACACACUGGCGGCGUUACUGAAGUCCAAAAUGAAUGCCCGACGGGCGGUGGACAGAGGUUAUCUUCCCACCCUACUCGCCAUCUAUCAAGACUGGCAUCGCAACGACACGCGUCACUGUCACUUGAUCAUUCGCAAAAGUAUUUUAGGAUGCAUCAAAAACCUCACAACCAUUAAGCUCGGCAGAAAGGCCUUCAUAGAUGCCAACGGGAUGAGGAUCCUUUACAACACAUCCACUGAAUGCCUGUCCGUCCGGACACUAGAUCCAUUGGUCAAUACAUCCAGUCUAAUUAUGAGGAAGUGCUUUCCAAAGAACCGCCUACCACUGCUUACCAUUAAAAGUAUAUAUCAACACCCGCUAUCACACGUACCAUCUGGUGGACCUGUGGCGCAGCUCUACAGCCAACCUCCUGAAAUGGACGAUGUUGUUGAUGAGAGCGACGAGAAUGAAGCCACUGAGGUGGACACAGAAAAUGAGGAGGAUGAAACGGAGGACAACAACGAGAAUGAUGAUAUUGAGACAGAUAUCAACAAAUUGCGGCCCAGACAAAUGCAGACACGUCCGUUUGAUGAGCUGCGAGUCUAUGAGCGUUUCUGUGUGGAAUUCACCAAGGAUUUUAAGGAUUAUGACUUUGAAAACUGCAGAGCUGUGUUUCAUCCAUCAAGCGUCAACCAAGAUCUUAAUGGCCCCAUUAUUAUUCCCACCACCACACUCACCUCUGUCAGGUCUCCAAACAGACGUCAGCAACUGGAGAGCGUUCAGUUACCCAAACCGACAGAAUCACCCACGGAGUUAGACGGCAUCUCUUUAGCAAAAACCCCAGAGAGUAAACCAGACCCUGAUCUGGUGUGUAGCUUGGGCCGGCUGGUUCUGGAUGGUGUGGACUCUGUGAACGGAGAUUGUGACGAUAGGUCUCAGGAUGAGAGCGGGGAGCAGGGCUUGCUUGUGGUCCCAGAUACAGCCGCAGUGCUCCCUCUGCAUGACCCCGACCUCUACUUGGAGAUGGUGAAAAGUACCCGCUCGGUGCCCAUCUACACAGAGGUGGCAUACCCAGAUUACUUCGGCCAUGUGGGACUUGAUCUCCGUGAGCCCAUUGUAGAGAGAGUUUAUGGAGUGCAAAGAAUGAAGAUCUUCCAGGACAUCGAGAGGCUCAUUCAUCCCUUUGACAUCCUUGAUAAAGUCGUAUAUGACUUAGACAAUCAGAGUUGUCCAGUUAUUGACAAUGGGAACUCUCUCAAAUUUACCUCAAAAUUUGAGUCUGGCAACCUACGGAAAGCAAUACAAGUCCGAAAGUUCGAGUACGACUUGAUCCUGAACUCAGAUAUCAAUAGUAAUCACUAUCACCAGUGGUUCUAUUUUGAAGUGAGCAAUAUGCGUCCAGGGGUUCGCUAUCGAUUCAACAUAAUCAACUGUGAGAAGUCCAACAGCCAAUUCAAUUAUGGUAUGCAGGUGCUCAUGUACUCUGUGCAGGAAGCUAUCAACGGAAGACCCCAUUGGGUCAGAACCGGAUCAGACAUCUGCUACUACAAGAACCAUUUCUCACGAAGCUCCAUUGCGGCUGGUGGUCAAAAAGGAAAAUCUUAUUUCACCAUGACUUUUACUGUGACCUUUCAGCACAAAGAUGAUGUCUGCUACUUCGCCUACCAUUAUCCAUAUACCUUUUCUACACUUAAGAUGCACCUGCAGAAGCUGAGGGCCCUGCAGACAGCUCAGAUCUACUAUAGAGAAGAUGAGCUGUGUCAAACACUAGGAGGAAACAGCUGUCCCCUACUCACUAUCACUGCCAUGCCAGAGUCUUCCAGCGACGACCACAUCGACCAGUUCAGGAGUCGUCCGGUGGUGUUUCUGUCUGCACGGGUGCAUCCCGGUGAGACUAACUCCAGCUGGGUAAUGAAGGGCUCUCUGGAGUUUCUCAUGAGCUCCAGUCCUAAAGCACAGAGUCUGAGAGAAAGUUACAUUUUCAAAAUCGUCCCGAUGCUCAACCCUGAUGGAGUCAUCAACGGCAAUCACCGCUGCUCUCUGAGUGGGGAAGAUUUGAACAGACAGUGGCAGAACCCCAAUGCAGAGCUGCACCCCACCAUUUACCACGCCAAGAGUCUCCUGCAGUACCUCAGAGCUACAGGACGAACUCCACUGGUGUUCUGUGAUUAUCACGGCCAUUCCCGGAAGAAGAACGUCUUCAUGUACGGAUGUAGUAUUAAGGAGACCGUAUGGCAAUCCAAUGCCAACACAAGCUCCUGUGAUCUACAAGAAGACCUCGGAUACAGGACUUUGCCUAAGUUGCUGUCUCAGAUAGCUCCAGCGUUCAGCCUGUCCAGCUGCAGUUUUGUAGUGGAGCGCUCUAAAGAAGCAACGGCACGAGUGGUGGUCUGGAGAGAGAUCGGAGUUCAACGCAGUUACACUAUGGAGAGCACACUGUGUGGUUGUGACCAGGGGAAAUACAAGGGUCUACAAAUUGGGACACAAGAACUGGAAGAGAUGGGCGCUCUGUUUUGUGUGGGUCUCCUCAGACUUAAAAGGUUCACAUCUCCAUUAGAGGUCCACAAUCACAAAUCUCAUGUGUUGGACAUAGAGAACGACCUGAUUGACACCCGCAGCAUUCCAAACAUCAGCAGUUCCACCACGUACGUGUUGGAUGAGGACGAGCCAGCAUUCCUGGAGGAAGUUGACUACAGUGCGGAAAGCAAUGACGAAAAUGACCCAGUUCUUGAACCUGAGCUCCAGGAUAACCUUGCCCUCCCAGGUCCCAAUUCUGACUCAGGAGUUUAGCCACCAAGGCUGUCUUAACAUAAAUCAUACCAGGUUUACUUGAGUCAAAUGCUCAAACUGAACUCUAAUAAACUUAAACUCACCUGUGCUUUACAGUACAUUACAUUACAUAUGUUUGCCUGCUCUAUAGAAUCCACUGUAAACGGGUUUAUUCACAAGAUUUGCAUUUAUUUCAAUAACCAGCCACCCCAGAUCAGCUUUACGACAGUAAAUUAAAACAACUGCACAUAGAAACAUCUAUCAGUGACCCGGAGAUAUAUAUUCAUAGAAUAGUUAGUUACAUUACCUAGUUUAAAACAUUUUAAGAAAUAGUUGUCAGAAAAACUAGUCGAAACACUGUCACUGGGAUGGUACACUUUGAUAAAUACACCUUUGGAAAGUUCAUAUCAUUCAUAUUAGUACAUAUUGGUACCAAAUCUAUACAUAUCUCUUCUAAAUGGUAUAUCAGGGCAUUUUCAAAGGGUACUGCCCCAGUGACAGCUUGGGACCGCUUAAGUCCUGACUCUCUGUGGUCAUUAAAAAUCCAAAACGUGCCUACUAAUAAUCAUCCCCUCAUAUACUAAUUGUCUAUAUAUGACUCGGUCUCCUCUCCACUAGUAAGCUGGUGUGUGGUGGGUGAUCUGGAGCAAUAUGGCUGCCGUGCUGCAGAAAAGUGUUAUACAAAUGUAACAAAUUAAUUAUCAUAAAUUAAUUAAUUCAUUAUUAAAGGUGUGGCUAUUGGUUAUUUCAAAUGUUAUUGAAAUAAAAUGUGCUAAUGUGUUGGAUCACUUUAGUAAAGCUUGCAGGCCAUGGUCACAGUAAGUUUUUGUUUGUCAGCUUGAGUAUCCUGUCUAACAUAACCAUUUUUGGUACAAAAGUCUUAUUGGUUUGGAACAACAUGAUAAUUAGUCAGUGAUUAUACAAAAUGUCAUUGUAUAAUUUAAAUAUAUAUAUAUAUAUAUAUAUAUAUAUAUAUAUAUAUAUAUAUACAUAUAACCUAAAAUGUAUAUAUUUAAUGGUCCCUAUAAGUUUAAAAUUGUUUAACUUUAAUGUUAUGUGCAGAUAGACUGAGAUUAAAGAAUUGUGGUGCUUUAGGAGAAAAAAUAUCAAUGGUUGCUUAACACAGGAUUCACAUAAUAUUAAGAACAGAACCAAACGAGCAUCAAAUCAAAGCUGCAUGCUCACCAAAACACCUCACCAUAUCACAAUGUAAUCGAAUGAAUGUAACGUCACUUGCCCGUGUGCUUCAUGUGAUGUCCUGAAAGGGUUAAAGCAAAGUCUUAAAUCACUGGUGUUCAUGUGUGUAUUUGUUCACAGCAGCACUUUUGCUUUUUUAAUCGGAGGAUCUUAAGUUUUUUCAUUUAGAUGUCGAUAUUUCUUUCUUUGUUGGAUUUGUAUAAUUAGUGCAUGAUCUUUGGAAGUUGCCUUUUUAAUUUAUUUUAUUUGUUUAUUGGGAGAAAAUGAAGGUUAAGCCUGACCGUCUGUGUGUGAUUGAGUUUUUGUAUUUGUGUGUGUAUGUUGUCAGCAGCUGGCCAAAGUACUAAAAGUGUGAAUGUGGUGAAAACCACUUUGUGUUGAAAUGUUUGUCAAACUUAAUAAACGACUAAAUCUA